CUUUUUUUGUUUCCACUAUCAUCUAUCUCGAUCAAUUCCCUAUUUUUCUUUUAUUUUCUUUGUAUAUACUCUACUAUCCCUCCAACAUGCUAUGUGUUAUAAAGGUCACCCUUGAGUCGGAGUUUAGGCGAUUCACCCUCGCCAACAUCCACCUCGACCGCCUCGACCAGGAUGCCUCGCGGCUCUCCUACACUAUCAUCCAUGAGAAGAUUUGUUCACUGUUCAACCAAACCAAUAUGGCCAUCUCGUACGAGGACCAUAAUGGUGUUCGCAAGACCAUCAACAAGGAUGCAGAUGUCCUCGAGGCCAUUGCGAGUUUCAGUAAGCAAGCGCAGCCAAGUCCUUCCGUCAUGGUCGUUCGUCUCGACGUGGAACCCUAUGAGCGAGAAGUGGCAAGCGCCAAGGCGGACGACGUCCUCGCUGCCAAAAGAUCCUUGAAGGACCUCUCUCUGGAGAACCGACACAACGAUACCGGCACCGCCCAAUGUAACAGGAGCUGCUCAGAUGACAAACAAACCAGCGAAUCCGUCCAUCCGAAUGUCUACUGUGACAACUGCCUGAACACUGUCCGCGGCACCCGCUGGAAGUGUCAAGACUGUGACAAUUAUGACCUGUGUCAAAACUGCCAUAAAGUCGCUGGUCUGCGGCAUCCCUGCCACACUUUCAAACCUAUUGAGAAAUAUGUGGAAAUGACCGAGAGAGGCAGCACCACACCAUCCCGCCAGUUUGGUCAACACGCUAUGCAGCACCAUGCCUCUUGCGAUCUGUGCUUGAAUUCAAUUGUUGGUGUGCGACACAAGUGCUUCCAGUGCCCUGACUAUGACCUGUGUCAGGGAUGUCUGCCCUUGGCCAAGACUCAGCAUAAGGGUCACACCUUCAUUCCAAUUGCCUACCAUGGACAGAUCCAGGUCAAGGUCGACCAGACGCCCCACUAUGGUGUGGUGUGUGAUGGCUGCGACAACGACAUCUAUGGCGUCCGUUACAAGUGCGGCAACUGCGCUGAUUACGAUCUUUGUGGCAACUGUGAGGCGCUGCCUGAAGCUGUCCAUGAUCCUAGCCAUAUCAUGCUCAAGAUUCGCAGGCCAAUCUCUUCUAGCAUGACUACACCAACUCCACUGCUGCCGCAGUUGUACAAGAAGGGCUGGGGCCAGGCUGUGUGCCACCAUCCGCAACAGACCGGCCAGAAGUGUCCCAUGGCUGCAUUAUGCAAGCCUAGGCAGGACGCCAUCUCGCAGACCUCUUCCCAGGACACUGUAUCAAAAGCAUCUGAAGUGGCCUUGAAUGCAGUGUUCGUAAAGGAUAUCACCCACAAGGACGGUACUGUGGUCCAGGCUGGAGCAUCUUUCAUGAAGAUUUGGGAGCUUGCUAACCCCGGACCUGCAGAGUGGCCCGAAGGAACUGUGUUUCAGUUUGUCGGUGGGGACAGGAUGUUUUCCGAAGACGAUAACGACUGUAAGAGUCCUGAGGUGAAGGUUGAUGCUAUUGGCGUUGCAGAGUCUCUCUGUGUUUCUGCUAAUCUCAAGGUCCCCUCCUUCCCUGGACGCUACAUCUCAUACUGGCGUUUGGUCUCGCCAUCUGGUGAACUUUUUGGUCAGCGCGUUUGGUGCGAUAUUGUUGUUGAAGAGCCGACGCAAAUUGAAGCGAUGACUACAUCUGCUGCUGUUGAGCAAGCUGAGGAAAAGAAGGACGAGACUGUUGAGGAGAAUGAAGAGGAUUCUGACGAUGACUUUGUAGUUGUAGAUACGGAGGGCGAUAUGUAACGGAGAUUCACGGCUCAGCAAAGCAUUGGCCGCCGUGAGACGUUUGGUCACCAAAGUCCUUCGUUUUCGCGGAACGAACGAUAACGGGCCUUGCUUUCACAAACUCGAUUUGCAUACACUUUAUGAUCUUCAUCCCACAGCAAUGCAGCUGUUUUCAUUUUUAUUUUUUGUAUUUCGUGGCAGCGUGCUCAAUGCACAGAAACAAUAAAAUCCGAAGUUGUUAUUGAAACAUUGA